UACAUUAGCAAGCAGGGAAAGUACAGACGCAUUGAUAAAGUUUAAUAUAUAUUAUGACACUUGAACCUUUUAAUUGAUUGAAUUCCAAAAAAGAAAAUCCAACUUUCUUUUCUUCUUUCCAUCAUCAUCGUCGAUUUUUUGGUACAUCACAAAUCGCACCAAAAACAGUCCAAAUCGAAAAAAAAUACCUGCGAAACACACCGCCAUUAUCGAAACAUCCAGCUAAGUCACCACUAUAUGCAGGCUAAGUAUAUCGGAUUGCAUCCGUAUGACCAAAGACUCGGUAAGGCCUUGCAGGAAUGCAGGCAAGCAGCAGUAGUGUAGAGCGAUCAUUGAUGACCCAAAGUAUUUAUUAACUCAGAUCUCCCCAGAAAUUCUUUCAAUGCUGGAUACAGAUCAUGUCAUGAAAAAAACCAUCUGUCUCUCGAACGAGGGUAAGAAAAAGAAGUACAGUACCCUCACUGCGCCACCGUAUUCCGCGACCUCCGCUAUUGGACCUACCCGUUCGAACCCUAGUCCACGAAAUCGGCACACCACAUAGACUAUCUUAAUGUAUAUAGGUACAUAUGCAGGAGGUUCGCAGGUUCGAGAACCACAAGGUCCAGAUCACUUAGACGAACGUCACCAUAUACCCUCCUCCGCACACUUAUCCAAUUCGCCAUUCACCGUCCCUCCCGCGAACAAUGAAUUCAUAGCAAAUAAUCGUUUUGUCUGUGGUCCUCACAAGCCCCAAAAUAUCGAUCGCACGAUGAACGACCCCUCUUCAUCGCUAUUGUGGACCCAGAUCCUCCUCUCCACCGCUCUUUGCCUCGCUUUGGUUGUCAUCACGCACAUAUUCAAUACAUACGCCGCCGCGUAUUAUGCAGCGCCCCACGAGAUCACCACGUACACGGACGUUGUCGAGUAUUCCAUCACAGAAAAUGAUAGUUACGAUCGCGACGCGCAAAAAGUACAGAGGUUGGAAGAUAAGUUACGAUUAAACGCAUUAUUGCGAGAGAUCCAAAAAUGUAGCGAUGAUCUGCGCGAGGACCUAAACCGGAUUAUGGUGAACGGCACGCUGCGUACUAGCGCUCGCCUUCAAUGGGCUACUAAUAGAGAACAAUUGGGCGGAAGAGUGCGACGACUUGAUAUGUUGCGCAUGCGAUUUUUGGUCGUAUAUAUGGGUGUCGUUGCGGGAACAGCGGGUGAACGUGUUAGAAUUGCUGAGAGGACGAUGCCGAAAGAUCCAGAAAAAGCGUCGCUACACCAUCAAUAUCAUACUCCUCAUAUACCUAAACCGCCACCUCUUCCUAAAGGACUGACAGACCAUAUCAAGCAGAGACCGCCGUUGAGGAGGCUGACGACACAGGCAACGGGACAUCGCGAUAAUAUGGAGACGCCACCGCGAAAAACAUCUUUGACUCCCGACAAGGCAGAUGAAACCCCACAUCGGAUGGGUUGGAUGGGUGUCGUACAAGAAUUACAACGGUCACCUUUGAUGCAUAAACGUCAUGCUUCCAUCGAGAUGGCUAUGCGAUCACCACCACCUAUGUCACCUAUUGGUAGUCCAUUAUCGUUGACUCCGAAAAUGGACAAUGACCGAUUCCAUCAAGCCCUAGAUUCUCCACCGGAAGAAAAGAUUUAAUCGAUUGACGACCUUUUAACGAGCAACAUCUCAUAUGAUGACGAUGAUGUUUUUUACGACAGCUUCACGACCUUGAAUGCUGGUGAGCCUUAUUAUGAGCAUUUACGCUUAUUUAAUUCCAUUACGAGGAGUUCUGGUCACUUCACAAGAUACCCCAUUUUAUUAUUGAUUGCAUCGCGUUGCAUAUUAUAUUACAUAUCACUUCAUUUUUAUAUUCUUUUCUGCUUCGCUUCAUUAUUUUUCUUCUUUAUACUUCGAAAAGUUGGUUAGUUCUAUUUCCAUCCAUGUCUUUAUGCGGAUCAUAUUGGUUAUGAUAAUUCUGGAAUGUCGUAUGUAUCAGAUUUUAGUGUAGGGGAUUCGGAACGGUCGGGGACAAUACAAUAUACCUACCUGGCAUGGUACGGUUAUGGCACGGUGGUGAGAAUGGUUAUGAAGGCGAAAGGGAAGGGGAUGGAAAUCGACCGGAUGUCGUCGGUAAUGUAUCUAGCGAAGCUAGACUGAAUCAUCAUGUUAUAGUUAUAU